CUUCUUCAGAAUUUGAACUUUUGAAUUUUUGUAGCUUCACUCUCUCUCUCUCUCUCUCUCUCUCAUUACUUCAAAAAAGCUCUCUUCAUCUUCUUCCCCAAUUCGUCUUGCUUCAAAUCUCUUCAGCAAAUGGGUUGCUGUCUCAGCAAGACUCCUCCUCCACAACCAUCAUCUUCUCCUCCUCCUCCUCCGGUGAACGGAUCUUGUUCCGUGAAAUCACCACAUCCGAACAAAUCCGAACCUCUGAAACUCGAAGCACAAGAGAAGAAUCUCAAAGUAGAAGAGCCGAAACCAAAGAAUGAAGAAAAAGAAGAAGUAGAGAUACAGGAAAAUAACAAACCGAGGAAAGAAGUGUUUGUUAUUAAACAUCGGAGAAGCCAUGAGAAAUCAUCGAAGACUACGACGACGACGGAUCCGGAGGAUUCUUCGGUUUCCGAUGUGAAAUCAACUGGUUCGAUUCAGAAUAAUCCGGUUGACGUGGAUGCGAUUUUGAUUCAGUGUGGGAGAUUGAGCCGGAGCAACUCAGCGGCUGCGAAGACAAGGAGAUACUCUGGAUCUAAGAGAAGUUUCGAUUUCGAUCAGAGUGAACGGAGCCGCGACGGUGGUGACGCGGAUGCUGAAGACGGCGGUGAAGAAGAAGAAGCUGAGAGGCGGAUUCAUCGUCAGCGUCACCGUGGUGGUGAAUCGCCACGGGAACGGAGGAGACGAACUCCGAGUAGAGAGAGGGAUGAUUCCAAGAGUUAUAGAUCGGGGAGUAGAGAGAGAGGAAGUGGUAACGGCGGCGGCGGUGGUGGUAGUAGAAGGGUGAGUAGAUCUCCGGGAAGAAGAUCGGAGAUAAACCCUAAUCCUAAUUCGAGUGGCAAUUCUGUGAAUUCGAGUUACAGUAAUAGACCUGGGGAAUUUGUAUCUGUUCCUGCUACGGAUAAGGCUUUAAGCAGCAACAAUGGAGGAGAAGGAUCUGUGAAACGGGUCACUGUCAAGAGAAAUGUUGGGAAAGCUGCGUCUCCGAGGUCACAGUCACCGGCGAGAGCGGCGAGUCAGCCUUCCCUGUCGAAGCUUAGCCGGAAAACUGAGCAUUCUCCUUACAGGAGGAACCCAUUGGGAGAGAUUGAUACAAACUCUGUGGCGUUUCCACUCUCUCAAGGUAACACCAAUUGCAACAAAAGGAUGAUGAACAAAGACAGUGACUUGAAUAAAGAAUCUGUCAAUUUCGUGGCUCAGAAGAUGAAUCCGAAAACAGCUACACAAGCGCCUAUUCGGAGAAGCGCAAGCCCGAUUCGAGUCAUCAGAGAACAGCAUGAGACUGUGGAAGAGUGUAAGAUUGUGUUGUCAUCUGGAACUGAAUUGGUCAAGCCUCCUCAAAUUAUGAGCAGAAGCAGAUCAUUGAGGAAAUCUCGUGAUUUCGAUUUCAGUCCUGAUGCGUUGCUGCUCUCCUCGAACAACAUUGACAACAACAAUAACAAUAGUAACAAUGCAACGGCAGGAUCGACAUUACCAUCUUACACAGCUUUGCUUUUAGAAGACAUUCAGAAUUUUCACCAGAAGAGUGUUAAUGUCAAUGCCUUAAGUUCAUCUAUGUCCAAGGCUUGUUCUAUUGUCGAAGCAGUUGCAGAUCUUAACUCCACUACGAAUCAACACCAAAGAACUGAGCUCAGUUUCACAUCCGGAGAAGCGAAGAAAGCGGAUCUAAUGGAGCCAAGUUUCGAGAAGUAUGUGACUGUUAAGAGAGGUGGUUCGUCGUUGGAGGACAUGGAAGGGCAAGGAUCUUCAGGAAGCAACAGUUUUACCGGAAGCAGCUGCGUGGUGCAGCGACAGGGAUACUCAUCGUCUUCUUCACGGGAACCGAAUUCAGCUGAGUCUACGGAUCGAAUAAGUAUGAGAUCAUCAAACAAACAAGAACGUGAUUGGAGUCCACUUGGUGUGAGUUUUGAGAAACAAGAGUUUGAUCCCUUGAAGAAGAAUGGUGCUGGAGUUGGACGCAAAAGAGUAGCUGUUGCUGAUUCGUCGUCUUCAGGCAAAGGCGUUCUUCAGGCUACAACAACCACUCGUGCUGCUGCAGUUUCAAUGUAAUAAAAUUAUGAAUUCGUUGUUUCUUCUCUUAUUGGUUUGCUUGAGUUUUAGCAACCGGUGUUUGGUUUCUUUUGUAAUCAUUUGAUUAUUUCAAUCGAAAUAUUCCUUCUUCAUGUUUAAAA